AAGCCAACUUUGAACCGGCAUUCAGUUCAAUAUUGAAGAGCGAGCUAAAGUAAUAAGUGCUAACCUGAGCAACAAUUUGUGCUAAGCGCAUUUUCGAGAGUUUAUUAACUAAGAAGUAUUAUCUAAAUAUUUAAAAAUGUCGCUAUAUCCUUUCUACAUUGAGUACGAGCGCCCAAGACAGCCGCGCCGGCUGAUGGACCAGCAUUUCGGCCUGGGAUUGACGCCGCAAGACUACCUCACCAUCAUUGCCAGUCCUCAAGCGAACCUGCAGUACUACAGGCCAUGGAGAAACAUGCAAGCAGCGGCACAGGACGUCGGCUCCUCAAUCAAAGCAGAGAAGGACAAGUUCCAGGUGAAUUUGGACGUCCAACACUUCGCGCCAGAAGAGAUAUCAGUCAAAGCUGUUGACGGCUACUUAGUUGUUGAGGCGAAACACGAGGAGAAGCAAGAUGAACACGGCUACAUUUCUAGAAGUUUUUCAAGGCGGUAUGCUCUACCUGAGGGCGUGGAUGCCGAUCAGGUGACUUCAAAGCUGUCGACUGAUGGAGUGCUGUCAAUCGUGGCGCCGCUAAAACCUCCUCCUAAGGAAUCAAACGAGCGAGUUGUCCCCAUUAUUCAAAGUGGCCCAGUCAGGAAGCAGAACACACAAGAGCAGCAAGGCUGAACAUUCCAGAUAGCAUUUAUUUAUUGGUUUAAUUUCGCUGUUGUGAUGUGUUGUGAUUUUGUUUGAAGUCUGAAAUAAAUGACGUUUUAGUCAUUAAGUGUAAUUUCUUGUUUUAAUUAUUUUGUAAUAACUUCUAACGUAGUUUAAUUUGAACUUAUUGAAAAUGUAAUAAGGUACCUUGUCAGUUGUCACAUACCAUAUUUAGAAUGCAAUGUUGAUCUCGAUUAGGUCUGCGACCUACUUGCUAAAAGCUUUUAUUAAUUUUGUAUUAAAUCUUCAUGAACAUAAA